UCUCGUGCGCGUCGGACGCUGGGAUCAUGUGCUCUCUCCGAGCGGUGUCAGCGGCUUCAGGCCGUGGUUCUACUGUAUCUGAUGAGGAUUACAAGGUUAUUCUGCCCCAACUGCCAACUGGAAACGCUUCCCUGAACACUGUAUUUCUUCAUUGCGAUGUGUCUGCCAGGCCCUACAGAAUCAACGAUUUCGAAGCAGAAAUUGAGCGCCUACAAGUAGUCAAGGAUGUAGCAUCGAUCGGUGCCUACCAGAUGAAUCACGUCUGGGCGCUAACGACAUAUUCCAUGGCCGCAAAACAAGUGCUCGUAGGUGCAAAGGAACUGCGCAUCAAGGGUAAAAGAUGCCUUGUCAUCGACCCCAACGACAGUCAGGUGAGAGUCAAACUUCACUGGCUUCCUUACCAUAUCAGUGACGACGCCGUGCGAAAAGCGUUGGAACCAUACGGGAAAAUUGAAGAAAUGAGUAGAGAAACGUGGAUGACUGGAAAAUUCAAGGGAGCGCAAACCAUUCGUAUUCAGGGCAGCAACACUCUUGUAAUUGUGCCUGGACGACCACCCCUGUGUCUGCGAUGUAAAAAAUCGGGCCAUAUAAGAAAGGAUUGUCGUAUCCCGCGGUGUUCUGCAUGCCGCAAAUUUGGUCACGAAGCUGACGACUGCAGGAAAACUUACGCUGCCAUGACACGGGAAGACGGCGAGAACGACGACACAGAUGCGCUCAUGGACGAGGAUGAAGCUGUAGAAUCUUUACAGCCUCGUAACAUCAAUCUUUCCUCGUGGGUGCCUGAGCCUGCAACACCAACCACGAAAAAAGAAGCUGAGGCCGACUCUCCAAUGAAGCCUGUAUCACCUGUUGUCGCUGUAACAACGGAUAAAAUCUCGGGGGAGCCCGAAGAAAAGUGCAGUGUAGUGCUUCAAGUUCCGUGCCCUUCAGUGCCUGUGGAGACGCCGACGGCGUCUAAAGUGAGCUACCCAGCAGAACUAGAACGCCUCGAGACGCCCGUGGCGUCUGACGACGCAAUAUAUGCGACAGAAGCAGGGAUUGCGGACUUAGGAGCGGAAUGUCCCAAGACGCCAGCGGCGUGUGAAGCCCCGUACCUUCCAAUGGAAGCGGAGACGCCAGAGGUGUACCAUUCCCUGGAGUCUGAGCCGGAGGACGCAAGCAAUAGGGCCACAAGGAUGCCUGAGUUUGGUUCGGACGAGGAUGAAGGCACAUCAGGGAGCAUUACACAGAUGAGAAGCAUGGUGCAAAAAGUAAAAUCGAAAGCGGCCAUGAAGAGGAACCGUGUUACCACGGCUCCUCGGAUACCGCCCGUGGAAAAACGUCACAAUCGCUCCUUGUGA